AAGACAACAUUGUUGAGUACUGAAGUUGUCAUGGAAUAUGUUUGACCUAAAAGCAAACUGGAUUUUCAGAUAGUAACGUUUAAGAAUAACGACAUAUACCACAGGAGGGUUAGAAAGUUGUAGCUGUAUGCUGGAAGGAGUUAUUUAAAUCGGUUUUGAUACUUCUGCAAUCAUGGGGAAGUCGUUUGCUAACUUCAUGUGUAAAAAGGAUUUCCAUCCUGCCUCCAAGUCUAAUAUAAAGAAAGUAUGGAUGGCAGAGCAGAAAAUAACCUACGAAAAGAAGAAGCAAGAAGAACUAAUGCAACAAUAUUUGAAAGAACAGGAAUCCUAUGACAACAGGCUGUUAAUGGGAGAUGAGCGUGUCAAAAAUGGUCUAAAUUUUAUGUAUGAGGCUCCUGCAGGAGUGAAAAAAGAAACUAAGGAGCAAGAAGAUGGAGAAACUGAAUAUAAAUUUGAGUGGCAGAAGGUAGCGCCACGUGAAAAAUAUGCCAAGGAUGACAUGAAUAUUAGGGACCAGCCAUUUGGCAUUCAGGUGAGGAAUGUGAGAUGCAUUAAAUGCCAUAAAUGGGGCCACGUUAACACUGAUAGAGAGUGCCCUUUGUUUGGUUUGUCAGGAAUCAAUGCAAGUUCAAUCUCUGGAGAUGGAGCAGGUCCGUCGAUGCACCCCUCAGAGCUAAUGGCGGAGAUGAGAAACAGUGGGUUUGCGCUAAAACAAAGUGUUCUGGGGAGAAACAUAACUGCAAAUGAUCCAUCACGGGAGUAUGUAGCAAGUGAAGAUGAUGAUGAUCCAGAAGUGGAAUUUUUGAAGUCUCUUACUACAAAGCAGAAAGAGAAACUUCUGAGGAAACUAAAUCGUCUUGAAAAGAAAAAGAAAAGGAAGGACAAAAAACAUAAGAAGAUAAAAAGAAAAGGUAAACACAGUAAAUAUAAGGAAAAUGGCCCAUCUUUUAGUGGUACAUCAAGCAGUGACAGUGAUGGUGAGUGUGAUACUGGCCAUAAAGAAAGGCAAAAAGAAAAGACUCCUAAGAGAAAGGGAAAAGAACAUAAAUCUGUAGAGCACAAAAAGAAGAAACAUGGUAAGCGCUGCAAGCAGGAAGUGAGCAGAUCUUCUAGUGAAACUACUAGCAGCAGUAGUAGCGAGUCUGAUGUCAGUGAUAAAGUGCAGAAGGGGAAAAUGGUGUGCAAGGAAAAGAAACACAGGCAUUCAGAUGAAAACAGCAGCAGUGACUCUGAAAAACAGACACAGAAAUUUUCUGAAGAACUCAGCAGAAGCCAUCCCAGAGAAAAUAAAUACAAAGAAAAAUGUGAACUGUCUAAACAAGAUAAGCAUUACAGUAGUAACAGCAGCAGGAAUCACAGUGGUGAGAGAAAAAGGUCCAGAAGUAGAAGCCGCAGCAGAAAUCGAGAUAAGUCUGAAAAAAAUGUUGGCAGUAGGUCAAAAAGAAGCAGUAGCAUAGAUGCACAUUCUGAAAGAAGGAAAAGCCAUAGUAGAAGUCCAAGCAGAAAUCAAGAUGGAAGAAGGGACUAUAGAACAAGUUCUUACAAGGAGCUGCCCAAGUACCACAAAAGAGAGAAGUCACAGUUGUAACACAGUGGAAGAAAAUUAGAGAAUAAGAGAAAGCCACAUUCAAAGAAUACUGAAAUGAUUGCUUAGAGAAGUCUUAUGAGAAGUCCAAGAAAUAAGUGACCUCUGUAAACCACAAAGUUCCAUUGUAAUAUAAAUGCUGUCACUAUUUUUUGUAUGAAUUGUUACUGUUAUUUUUAUCUUAGUUUGUAAAGGUGGCAUUAGCAGUCCAGAAACUGUCCAGUCUGCUUCAGAUUACAACCAGGUAGAUAAGUGUGAGUGGUUUUGUUGGUUCUCAGAAUUUUUGUUUCAAGUAGUAUGUGUGGGCUGUAUUUAAAUUUGUUUUAAUUAUUUAAUAACUCAGUAUGUAAACUAGUCCUUCUUGGCCAACCCAAGCCAAGCAUCAAGGGCAGCACUAAAUGCAGUAUCUGUGUUGGUGUUACUUUGAAGUGGGAGAAAAAUGGAGCACCUGAAGAAAACCCUCUCAGAGAGAGAAAGAAGAUGCUAACAACACACACACAUUUUGAAAGUUGUGGUUGAACCUGUACAGAGGAGCUGUGAAGCAGAAACCUUAAACGCUUGGCUGUCAUAACUGCCCAUAGUUUUCUCUGGGAUUUUUGACUUGGCUGACCCUGUUAGUUGUAUGGUAUUUUGAAGAGUAACUCUUUCACCAUUUUCACACCAUGUAGAAGAGUAUUGUAUACUUGCUGUAUAUAUAGCUUUUAGUAGGUUCUUCCAUCUGGUUUUGACUUUCCUAAGAAUUACUUAGUUCAGCAUAUUAUUUAAAUACUAUGAUGAUCAAGAGACUUAAGAGGAAAAGUAAGAAUUACAUUAUGAUGUUAAAUCCAUUUAGUUCAGACUGUAAGAUCCUGCUGGGGCAUUAACAGCCUAUCUUAAGUACAGAGCAGUCAGGCAUGCAACUUGACACUGUUAUGCAUACUGUUUAUUUCAUCCAGUUUCAGAUUAUCAUUGUAUUACAUUGUUUGGAGUCCUUAACCCUGCCUCCCAUGAAGGUAGAUGGUGGCUCACUCUUAAAUCUUAAAUUGUUUCUGGGUUUGGGUCUUAUCACAUGGUGUAGUCAGUAGCUGGAGUCAUAUAUGUUGUUUUCCAUGAGGCUAGCUGCAGAGCUGUCCAUUUCUGAUGUUUGUCAAUAUUAAUGUACUGUUAAAUAUACUACCUGUAUAUUCAGAUAUAUAAAGUUGUUAUUGGAAGUGCUGUCAGCAUUUUUAAAUGCUGAGCUUCAUAUAUGAUUUUCACAUCUAAUACUGAACAACAUUGUGUUUUUUUUCCUGUCUGCCUUCAUAUUUUUGUCAUUUUCCUCAAUACUAAUAAUAUUUAGUGGUUUCAUUUAUAUUGCUUUUAACUCGUUUGAGUAUUCAAGAAAGUUAACUGCGUAUUUUUCAUGGUCCCUUACUACUAGAGAAGAAGUAGUUUUUUAUGUAUUAAUGCUUUUUAUCGCUUUUUUAAUUACUCAUCUUUUGGGUUUUUAAUACCGUGACAGGAAUGGACCCCAUUCCUAAGUCAAAGUAUGAUUAAAGUUCAUGAAAUUA